AUGCACUAUAUAGGGAAAAGGGACACAGCCCAAGUCUCAUUUUUGGAAUUCCUGCUGCAGGUCACAGUCAUCCAGACCCAUUUGGCAUCCAGGUCCAAUACCAAGACUGUGCUGGACAUUGACAAUGCCAAGCUUGCUUCUGAGGACUUCAAGAUGAAGUAUGCGAAAGGGCAGGCCAUGAGGAUGGCAGUGGAGGCAGACAUCAGUGGUCUGAGGAGGGUCCUGGAUGACAUGAACCUGGGCCGCUCUGACCUGGAGAUGCAUUACGAGGGUCGGAAGGACGAGCUCAUCAUGCUCAAGAGGAGCCACCAGGUGGAGAUUGCCCUGGUGAAGACCCACGUGGGCAGCCAGGUGAAUGUAUCAGUGGAUGCUGCCCCAUCCCAGGACCUGAACGCAGCGAUGACCGAGAUUAGGAAGCACUACGAGUCUGUGGCCAUCAAGAACCGCAAAGAGCUGGAAGCCUGGUACCAGGGCAAGAAAUCCUCCCUGGAGGCCACGCUGGCAGACACCCAGAAACGCUACUCUGCUCAGCUGGCAGGGCUCCAGAGCAUGGUGACUAGCCUGGAGCUCCAGCUCUCCCAGCUCCACGCCAACAUUGCCCACAACAAGCAGGAGUACGACAUGUUUCUGAACCUCAAGACCCGGCUGGAGCUGGAGAUUGCAGAGAACAGGAGGCUGCUGGACGGAGAGGACGACAGCUCCACCCAAGGUAAGUUAUUGUAUACAGUGGGCAAUAAGCCUUUGUAGGCUUCUUGCCAAAUGCAUCAUCAUGAGACUGAUGAGACUUGGUCUUGCUUGAUUUUAAGCUGAAAGCAACAUACUGUAUCUUCAAAACUUGGAAGUUGACAAUUAUUUUGGACUGUAUCAAAAGUGGACUAAUGAAGAAGAUAUGAAGAAACAAAAAUUAUUCUAAAAGUAUGCUUUAAAGUGCUCAGUAUGAGUGUUGCAAUGAGAUAUAUUCCAUGUCCAUUUUUGACUCCACAGUGGUUACCAAGAUGAUCACCGUGACCCAGACCAUUGUGGAUGGAAAGGUGAUGGUUCUAUUAACAGAACCAUCAAUAAAGAUUAUGUGGUUGAAUGAGAAUGGGCUGUGUGGUUUCACUUGUUUCAGAGAUAUGAAUGCUUUAUAAUAGACUGACUAUAUGAGUCUGUGAGUAUGGAUGUCAUAGCAGAUACAUUUUGUGUUCUCAUUUCAUAUGACUUGAUUUCAAUUCGACAUCUUUCCACCAAAACAUGGUGUCCAGCACUAGAGUUGACUCCACAAACACCCUCUACACAUUGUAUAUCUCCGAAUCUAAUGCUUGAAAAACUAAGAGUUUGAUUAAUAGCGAUAGAAUGAUGUAAUUUUGCCGACAGCCAGUGUGGCGGCCCUGCCACUCUGUCUGCCGAAUUCUUUCUCUUUGCUCGUUUUCCUUGGUAGGAUGUCUGGGGGCGGAGCCGAGAGGGUCGUCAGCGAGGUGUUAUGCACCUGGGCUCGGGUGUGUCCCGGGGAUGAGUACACCUUUCCCUGUUCAUUGAGGAAACUCUCUCCACGCAGACACACUGUUAUUUUUGGUUGUGGCAUUUUGUGGUUUGUUUGUUUUGGCACCUCUCAACACCCCUCAUUUUCACCAUCUAUGCAUGCAACCACUCACUUACACUACUGAAUACUGACUACACACACCAUUGUUACUUGUAUAUAGUUUUAGUUAAUAAAUAUUUAGUUAAUAAAUAUAUUUUUGUUUUUCCUUAUCUCCACGGUGUCUCCCUCAUGACUUCCGCUGAAGGUGGUUCCUCUCCCUGUUCCGUCGGUGCUUGGGGGUCGGCGUCACCGGCCUACUAGCCAUAACCGAUCCAUGUUUCUUUUUCCAUUUGUUUUGUCUUUGGUUCAUUCACACCUGGUUUUCAUUUGCUUUAAUUUAUGUGUGUAUAUUUACCCCUGUUUCCACGCUUAGGUUUGUGCGGGAUCAUUUUUCUUGUUGCUUGUGGAGGCUUUCCUCAGUGUAUUUCGCAUGCGGUUAUUAUAGUAAGAUGCGUUGUGUUUUUGCGCCUUACGAGAAUACAGUUACUUCCCAUUGUUUUGGGGUAUUGUACUGCACCGUGUUUUCGGACUUGCCUAGAUUAAAGUAUACACUACACUGACAUCUCUGCUCUCCUGCGUUUGACUCCUCACCUACCUUCAGUGCGUAAACGCAAAACCCUCUUUGUAACUGGUUACGAGCCGGUUUGUGACACUAGCAAUCAGACUUCUUCUAUUCACAUACUUCUUCUAUAUUGCCAACUUUUAAACUCAACUCAGCAGAAGUGAAUGUCAUAAAUUACACUAUUCAGAUCAUUCUGACACAUAUGCUUUCUCAAGACCAUAGAAUUGGCCUCAUGUGCAAAAGAUGACACUCUAUAUGAUAGUCAGAUGUAUAGGAGCAUGCCAGAUCAGAUACAUCAAGUUGAAAGACACAGAAAACAGGAUGAUGAAGUCAGCAAGUCAGAGCAUCUUUAUUGUAUUCACAAUGGGGUCUGUUGUUGGUGUCCCAUCCACAUGUAGUAGAAUAUGUUGUUCUGGAGGUGUUAACCAUAGAAAUAGAAUUACCAGAAAAUAAAUCCCCAUUCAAGUCAAU